AUGGAUUUCGACUCGGAGGGUUCCGACCAAUAUUCUUUUGUUUCGUCCGAUGCGGGAGUUUAUGACGACAGUCAGAUCCAAGCCGAAGGUGUACAUGCAACAAUAUAUCGGUCUGAAAUUGACGAUAACAACGGAAAUCUUCAAAGUCGAGUCAGUCGCAAUGAGAUUCGGGCAAUUAAGGCCGUAACGGCCUUCAAGAACGCCCGUCUGGAACCCCAUGAUAUCAGGUCAGAGGUCUACGCCUUGGCUCGGUUGCGCCACAUGAACAUCAUAGAUCUUCUCGGCGCGUCAUAUUCUCCUCAACAGAAAUUAUUUCAGAUUUUUAUGCCAUUUAUCCCUUUGACAUUACGUGAUUUGCUCGAAAAUCCAAGAUUUUCCCCCUAUCUGCCAUGCAAACAAGAAACCGAAUCGAGCCAAGUUCCUCAGUUAAACUUACAAACGCUACCUCCUUUCUGCACCUUAGCAAAAACCUUCCUCUUCCAGAUUGUAUCAGGCGUAGCGUUUUUGCAUGCAGAUAGCCAACCGAUUGCGCACCGGGACCUUAAACCCUCAAACAUCCUCGUCCGACCCGAUGGGUGUAUAAAGCUCAUCGAUUUCGGCAUUUGCUGGGAAGGACGACCGAGGGGUCAUGGUGCAUCGUUCGAAGAAGAAGACCGUUGUGAUAAUGAGAAUGGGCGCUUAAAUGGAUUUAGUGACGCGCCCAAGCCUGAGUGGGAUGAGAUUCCCGAACACAUGUGCUGUCAGGUCUCAAGUGGACCGUACCGAGCGCCUGAGCUUUUAUUUGCACCACGGCAAUAUGACGCGUCCGCAAUUGACCUGUGGAGUCUCGGUGUCCUCGCAAGUGACUUCUUUACUUCCUUGCAAUUUGAACCCAAGAACAUGGCUUCAGAUUCAGGAGAGUUUGAUUGGGAUGCUCUGGUUCCAAAAAACAACGAAAGCGCGGAUGACAUAGAUCCUAUGAAUAAGUUUCCCGAUGCAACCAUGUCAUUCAACGUACCUUCUUCGGUAACCGAUACGAGCCGCCCCGGAUCAUGGCACAGGAUUUCGCUUUUUGAUAGCACUCGAGGUGAAAUAGGUCUCGUUGCAAGCAUAUUCAAGUUAUUGGGCACCCCAACAGAAAUGACAUGGCCGGGAUUCGCUACUCUGCCCGCCGCCUCUGCACUGAUUUUUAAUCCUGUGUCCCCGCGUCCGCUGCGGCCGUUACUUCCUAAUCUUAUGCCAGACGAGAGCUCGGUCGGUUCGGCGGCUGGCCUAGGCUGUAUGCAAGAUAGAGAAAGCGUGGUCGAAUUGAUUGAAUCCCUCGUCCGAUACCCUCCUCAAUCACGUAGUAGUGCCUCCGAUUUGCUGAAACAUGCGUACUUCCAUCAAGGGAGUCCCCUCGUUCUGCCUCCGGGAUAUAUUAGUGCCGGUUGCGACCAACAGAUAUCACAAGAGGAGCGCGACACCCUGGCCGACUUGAUAGCACAGAUAAUUGCAAUGUCUGACGAUGAAGACUCUAACCCACUAAAGUGA